AUGUAGGAGGAAAGACAAAAAAGAGAUCAAGUAAAGCAUUUAGAAAAGGAAUUCACUGAAAAAACUUAGUUUAUGAUCUAGGAUAUUUUUUCAAAGUUGAUUUUUGAACAUCAUCGUAAUAAUAUUAAAAAGAUAGCUGAGUGUUUCAAAACUAAUAGAAAUGAUUUACAAAAAGCUCAUGAAUGCUCCGAGCAACAUGAAAUAAGCUAAUAAAGACUAGAAAAAAGAAUAUAUGAUUUCAUUUAAAACCAUCAAGAAGGAAUUACAAAUUGUACUUCACUAUGUACUACUAAUAUUUAUACUCCAGUUUCAGAAUGUUAUUAAUAAUGUUUCCAACAGUUCAUAGAAUAUUCUAAUAUUCACAUACAAUAAGCAAGUCAAUUUAUACAAACUGAACUAGGUUAAUAAUGA